AUGACUACAAGCAACUCAAACAGUUCAAGAGAAACUACAGUUGUCCGCUUGAAUGUUGGCGGUAGCUUAUUUUCAACUACUGCACAUACUUUACUACGAGAAGAAAAUUCAAUCUUUCCUCAAUUACUUCAUUCUCAAACGAAUGGACUGGAAAAAAUGGUAAUUUUUCUAUCUGACGGCACUAUAUUUAUUGAUCGAGAUGGCUCACUGUUCACACAUAUUUUGGAGUAUUUACGGUUAAGCAAACUGAUUCUUCCACAGAACUUCCAAGACUACAACAGACUACAUGAAGAAGCAAAAUUCUACCGAUUAAGCAGGCUGGAGGAACAAAUUAUCGCUCUUAGUACUGCGAAAUAUAUUUCAUUAACCGAGGAAAGAGCCGGGAAUAUUAUCGAAACAGGAGGUUACAUCACUAUUGGUUUUCGCGGUACACUUGCAUUUGGUCGUGAUGGACAGGCAGAGGUCAAAUUUCGUAAAUUACAUCGCAUAUUAGUUUGUGGUAAGGCAGCCUUAUGCCGUGAAGUAUUCGGUAAUACAUUAAACGAAAGUCGAGACCCAGACCGUGACGGUCAAGAAUGUUACACAUCUAGGCUUUAUCUCAAGCACCAAUGUUUGGAAAAGGCUUGCGAUAUAUUGGCUGAAAAAGGUUUUAAACUAGUCGCAACACGCUGUAAUGGUGCAAAUGGAUUUGUUGCUAAUACUUACAAUAUUAGUAAUCAAGGAGGAACCCUACAACAACCGAACGGAAAAAUGCACUUUGAUAUAUCUGAAAGUUAUUUCCAAUCAAAAGAACAAACAAAGACUUUAAUUUACUUCUUACAGGAAUUAAUAAAUCAAAGAAACACUGGUGAUCUUGAAGAACAACGAUGGGCUAAUUAUACAGAAUAUAUAUUCUUCAAGAAAGCAAUCUGUCCCAGUGGCAUUUCACCAUUAGCAUCAAGAUAA